GGAACCGAGGUCGAUCUACCCAGUGGGAAAGAAUUGAGCGCGAUUGCCGUUCUCACUCAGGUUCUCCCUCAAUCCCAAACGGCUGCUCGAGUUCGGUCAUGGAUUUGUAUUGUUCGUUGUCCAUGAGACAGAGAGAGAGACCGAUGGUCGCACGGCGGUGCACCUGACACUGUUCACAGCAGUCUUCUGUGUUCCAGUCUCUGUCAAGAUCCCAUGCGCUGGCGGCCUUCACUUCUUUAUCAUUUUGUUAAGUUUAAUGUGGCCUUUGCUUUUAUCCUUUGGUGUGGACUUCAAAAUAAUGACUAAAUUAAAAGAACUCUGCAUUAUUUGACUGCUAAGUUUUAGCCAAAAAUGGAGUGCAACAAAGAAGAGGCUAUUAGAGCCAAGAGCAUUGCUGAGAGCAGGAUGCAGAGCCAGGAUUUUGAAGGGGCACUAAAGAUUGCUCUGAAAGCACAGCGACUCUUUCCAAACCUGGAGAGCAUAUCACAGAUCUUAACCGUAUGUGAGGUACAUUGUGCUUCAGCUACUAAGAUCGGUGGGGAGACAGACUGGUAUGCGGUCCUUCAAGUGGAGAUGACAGCAGAUGAACCAACUAUAAGGAAGCAGUACCGCAAACUCGCACUCCUGCUCCAUCCUGACAAAAACAAGCUUGUUGGGGCUGAAAAUGCGUUCCAGCUUGUUGGAGAUGCUUACAAGAUCUUAUCUGACCCACAAAAACGUUCGCAGCAUAACGUGAUUAGGAGAGCUAAUUUCAGCAAAUUAUCAUUUAAUCAGGCUGCUCGGCAGUCAUACAGGCCUUCUGCAAAGAAGCAGCCAGGACCUGGAGUUUCAAGCACUGCAGCCAAAUCAAACUUUGCGCAUUUUGGUGGUUUGAACCAAAGCAAGCCAUCCCCAUUCUUGGGUUCUGGGGCUUUUUGGACCAUGUGCCCUUCUUGUAGUGUAAGAUUUCAGUAUUUUCAGUAUGUAUUGAACAAGCAGGUUCGCUGCCAAAGAUGCUUUAAUAGAUUUGUUGCCUAUGAUUUGAAAGCAAAAGAUUUAUCCAGCACGGGAAAUUUAGAAAAAGUUGAAAAUAUUGCUCCGUCUACUUGUCUGAAAAGUGAAUGUGCAGAUGCUUCCACCAUGGAAGUUCCGAGAGCUAAUUUGGAUACUUCAGCAUUGAAUCAAGGAUUUAAACCUGAACAGAGACCUCAAAUUUUUGGUGCGUCUAAAAGCAACCUUAGAGAUGGCAAGACGGAGAAUAAUCAGACUAUAUGCAACGACUUGAUAUUUCAAAAUGUGCAAUUUCAUUCAAUUCAUAAUAGCGACCACAAGGGAAAACCUAUAGCAAGUCAAAAGAAAAGGAGAAAUGAGGAUAAUCAAACACCAGAACCAACUGCUGAUAAAGCUUCUAGUAUUUUACGAAGAUCAAACAGACACAAACAAAAUGUAAAUUGUGAUGAAUUUCAAGGUUCGUGUGUUAACUCUUUGCCUCCUGCUUACAAAAGGUCAAGGCAGAGAGAAAAACGGGCUGAUUGGGUGCAAAACAAUAAUGAAUCUCUUGGUGUGAUUACUGAUGAAAAGGGUGAAGAAAGUGGGAACAGACAUAUUCGUUCAGAGUUUAAUGCAAGUGCAGCCUCAGGAUGCAAGACCUCCGUUGAUCCAGCAAACCUGACAUACCCUUCUCCAGAGUUUUGUAACUUUGAAAGUGAAAGAAGCGAAAAUAAGUUUGCUGCUGAUCAAAUAUGGGCUCUUUAUGAUAACAUUGAUGGGAUGCCCAGAUUCUACGCUCGUGUUCGAAAGGUGUACAGCCGAGAGUUUAAGCUUCAGUUAAACUGGUUGGAAAUGGACCCCAGAACAAUUGAUGAGAUGAAGUGGUCCAAGGAAGGCUUACCGGUUGCUUGUGGGAACUUUAAACAUGGAAAAUCGUACAAUACUCAGGAACCGCACUUCUUCUCUCAUCUCGUUUCGUGGAGGAAAGGGGUGAAGAAAAACUCAUAUAUGAUUCAUCCUAGAAAAGGUGAAAUUUGGGCUUUGUUUAAGAAUUGGGAUAUUAGAUGGAGUCAUGAGCCAGAUAAUCAUAGAGCUUAUGAAUACCAAGUCGUGGAGGUUGUUUCAGAUUUCACUGAAGUAAAUGGAAUCAGUGUUAUACGUCUAGCCAAGAUAAAAGAGUUCAUGGCUUUGUUUGUAAGAGCUUCUGAUGCUGAAGAAAGUUUACUCGAAAUACCAGCAAAAGAUGUACUUGUAUUUUCACACAGGAUUCCGGCAUGCAGAAUUACUGGAAAGGAAGAAGAUGGCGUACCAGACGGCACAUUUGAACUUGAUUGUGCUUCUUUACCAACGAACUUUCGAGUGAAUUUCCCUUCUAUUAGUCUUGUAAGUAAGAAAAGAUCACCAAAUGUUGGCGUGGUAUGCAACGACGUAGAUUUUACCUGUGAAAACAAAAUUCCUCAAACUUCAAUGGAGAAUGGGUUUGAAAACAAUGAGCAAGAUGCUAUGGAGAAAUUGAGAUCAGGAACAAGAGGUUUUGCAUCCAAAAUGAUGAAUGACGUCUCUGAGACAGUGCAUAUCAACUCAAAUGGAUGGCAAGAUACUUUGACAGGAUCGCAGAUGGCAUUCGAGAGAGAAACUAAGACACUUAGAAAUGAGGCUAUUACUAAAGCAGAUAAUAUUGGUUCUCAGAAUGCUGACACUGAGCCAAGCUUACUCGUCUUUGAAUAUCCUUCAUCAGAAUUUUAUGACUUUGAAAGUGACAGGUUAAUGGAGAAGUUUGAAUGCGGUCAGGUUUGGGCAUUUUACUGUGAAAUAGAUAAUUAUCCAAAGUAUUAUGGCAGGCUAAGGAAGGUAGACAGGGAAAACAAUCAAGUGCAUGUGAGAUGGCUUGAGUUUUUUUCUGAAUCAGAUGUGGAUGAUCACUGUGCUGAAGACAAGCCGCCUUCUGCUUGCGGCACCUUUAGAGCCAUUAAGGAGACAUGUAAAAUGGAUUCAAGUGAAACUUUUUCUCAUCAGGUAAAGGCAAAACCAAUGGUGAAGAAGGACCAUUAUUAUAUCUUUCCUGAUGUUGGUGAGGUUUGGGCAGUAAUCAGGAACUGGAGUGCCAAAUGGUCUGCCUCAGACCUCAAAAACAGUGAUUUUGAGGUUGUAGAAAUAACAGCCCGUGAUGCUAACGGAAUCAAGGCCUUCGUGUUGACUAAAGUUGAUGGCUAUGUUAGUGUUUUCAGGCGUGAAAGUGAGGGCCUUGACACGCCUAAGAUCAUUCCCUUAAAUGAGUGCAUGAGGUUCUCCCAUCAAAUCCCUGCAGUAAAGCUAGAAAGAGUAAUGCUCAGUGGUGGUUACUGGGAGCUGGAUCCAGCUGCUGUGCCUACUGUCUUUCUGACUUAAAAAUUAUGAAGAGUAUGAUGUGUAGGAACUCCUGAUGCUUGUAAUCAAUAUUCCCUAAAGAGUGCAAAUGGUAUUUCCAUUUUUUUGAAUUUAGAAUUUUUUUGAAUCUACAAAAUCUCUUUUUUGAUCAAUAUAAUAUUAAACGGCAGAUUUCAAAACAAGAA